AUGCGCCUCAGCAUGUCUAACCAGACGAAACAAACAAUUUCCACGUCUUCAGCCCUCGGGCAUGUCGACCUCCCACGCCUUGAUUGCGAAACGCCGCCGAUAUCACUACACGAAGCGCAGCGAUAUGACGCCACUGCGCAGUCGAGUCGGCCGAUUGCAGCCUUGAUAUUUUGUUUGUUCCAAGACUUGCGACUCUCCCAUGAAAAGCAGAAGCGCAGGAUCGACAAGCUGGAGGAGGGAACGAAUAGUCGCUUGCACAACCUGGACAAAACGUUGGAUGCCCGCCAAGAGCGACAUACUGCUCAGGUUGAAGAAGUUCUGGUCCACAUCCAAAAAUGCGCCGUCGACAUCGAGAAGCUCUCACAAGUUCAGAAUAAGGCAGAAGGCAUCUAUGCAAGAGACGAGCGUUUGACGAGCGAGGUCGCUCGGCUUGAUGGGCGCCUCAAUACGUCCGAAGAUGAGCUGAGUCAUCUUAGCGAAGCUGUUUGCUCUUGCGUCAACAAGCAGAACCUCGAAGUGCUUCUGGAAAGAAAAAUUACGGAGAAAUUACAUGUGGCAGAAGAAAAGAUCACCCAGCAGAACAAGACAUUGCUAGAGCUAUCCGAAGAGUUGCGCAGGCUGAAGGAUGAAGUACGGACGCAAAAAGACCAGACACGGGAAACUUUAGGGAGAAAGUCCAGUAGAGCUACAGCCAGAAAAGUCGCUGAUAAGCCGUCGAGGCCAGAAGGCGAGCCCGAAGACAUAUACACAGCAGAAACCCAGCCGCUGGAGCCGCCGAUCUUGAAGACACAUUAUAAUCUCCGUCCACGCUCACAACCCUCUGUGGAACAGCCUGCAAUGCCCUUGGCUGUUAGCGCCCUGCCAUCGACCUCUCCCAUCGCCCCGAGCAAAUCUCGUCAAGGGACCAAGAAGAAGAGUCGUGGGGGCAGAACCACCAACAAGACCGUUGGCGCGCAAAAACGCACCGCUGCAGCAUCAGACGCGGAUAACAUAUUGGACCACCUGCCUAGUUCAAAGAGACGGAAACAGCCUAAUCCACAAACAAAUCUUUCCAGAGUCUGCUGCGAGGCACAGUGGGCGUAUGAGAAAUGUCCCGAAGAGAAAAGCGAACAAGAAUUCAUAACCGACUUCCUCAAGUUUUCCGUAAAAGGCCUAAGCUCGGCGGAGAAGAAGCGACUGAUGGAGGCGCUACGAGGCCUGGCGAUUCCAGAUAACUAUGGAAUGCCUGUAUUUAGACAGGAUGCUGACUGGUCAGAUAUUUGGGAGCAUCUAUGGACAAUUAAGAAUGUUCCGGCGAUGUACCUCAAAGAGGCUAAGUGA